AAGGCACCUAAUGUCAUACCAUUCUUAUUCAAUGGCCAGUCUACUGCAGAUUGGUUCACCUCUUAUUUACAGUAGUGCCCUUGUGAAGACUAUUCCACGUUCUAAAUCUUUCACAUGUACCACAGUGGCGAAAACGACACCGGGCGAUGAGUAUCCCGUUGUUCCACGUCGUUCCGCAAAUUAUCAGCCUUCUCUUUGGGACAAGUAUCAUCUCCUCCCAGUCGAGAAUAAAUAUGCGAAAGAUAAAAGUGUGCGAGGAGAGAGAGAUUUGUUGAAGGAAGAGGUGAGAAUGAUGCUCAAUGAUGGGAAGACGAGUUAUCUCGACCAAUUGGAGCUCAUUGACGAUUUGCAAAAACUCGGCGUGUCUUACCAUUUUGAGCGGGAAAUCAAGAACAUUUUAACAGUUUAUUAUCAAGAAGAUAGAAGAAUCAUGAGGCAGUGUGACAUAGAAAAAGAUCUACAUGCUACCGCACUCGAAUUUAGACUUUUUAGACAACGUGGUUUUAAUGUUUCAGAGGAUGUACUCGAUAUUUUCAUGGAAAAUCAUGAGAAGUUUGAGAGUGAUGACCUUUUGCAGAACAACAACUCAGAGACUUUGUUGUUGAUACUCAUAGUAAUGCAGAUUUUGGGUCUAGUGACGUACGAGAGAUGGUGGUCCAAGCGACCUAACAAGAACCUUGUUUUAGUUGAAUUCGCCAAGAUCGAUUUCAACAUCGUACAAGCUAUUCAUCAAGAAGAACUCAAAUAUGUUUCUAGCUGGUGGAGGGAGACAGGUCUAGGUCAUCAACUUCACUUUGCAAGAGACAGGAUUGUGGAGAAUUAUUUUUGGACUAUUGGACAAAUUCAAGAGCCUCAAUUUGGGAAUGUUAGAAGAACAAUGACUAAAGUCAAUGCACUUCUUACAACAAUCGAUGACAUCUACGAUAUCUAUGGAACUCUUGAAGAACUUCAACUCUUCACUGUCGCGUUUGAAAAUUGGGAUGUAAAUCGUCUUGAUGAUCUCCCCGAGUACAUGAGGUUGUGUUUUCUUGUUGUGUACAAUGAAGUCAAUACCAUUGGAUGUGAUAUUCUCAGAAAUAAAAACAUCAACGUUAUCCCGUUCCUCAGAAAGGCUGAUGAAUUGGAGAGAGGAGACGUCUCCAAAUCGAUCCAAUGUUACAUGAAUGAGACCGGAGCGUCAGGAGAGCAAGCGCGUGUGCACGUGCGGCAGAUGAUCAAUGACAUGUGGGAUGAAAUGAAUUACGAAAAAAUGGGACAUAGCGCUUCGCUACUCCCAGAAGAUUUUAUGGAAACUGUAAUAAAUUUAGCACGCAUGUCGCAAUGUAUGUAUCAAUAUGGAGAUGGACAUGGCUCUCCAGAGAAAGCUAAAAUUGUUGAUCAUGUCAUGUCCCUACUCUUUGAUCCCAUUCCUUUAGAUUGACUUACAUGUUAUACUAAAAAUAUUAUGUAAGUAACUGGUAACAGCUUAAUUUCUGAACGUGGCUGAAUUUCAGCUGAAUUGUUUUUGUUACACCAGUUGAUUAAUUAGAAGAAUAUGUUGAGUUUUGAAUUAUGUGCUGAAUUUUUGGGUGUUUUUUUUCAUAA